AUUCCAAGGUGUGGUACGAUUGAAGAAACACUUUCUGCAGUUUGAUUCUAUUCAUUUAGUUGUGAAAUUGAAGUGAAAAGAAACAUCACGAGCAAGAAGGUUUAGUGAGAAGAAUAAAGAAGAAAGAAAAUAUAAUUUUUGUGAUUCAAGGAGUUUCUUCGAAAUAACAAUCUCGCUUGAGAUUCGAAGUUUAAUUAAAUUAAAUUUAAUGGUGCAGCAGCACAAAAACGACAAAUAGAAAACAAAGAAAUAACAUUAAAGAAGAAAAAGAAGAAAUGUUUUUGAAGACUGUGACGUGUUUGCUUUUCCUGACGCUGACAUCAUGUUUGGCACAAGAUAACGUAUCCCCAAAUGCACAGCCACGUGUUGCACCACAUUUGCAAGAAUGCUACCGGCAAAGAGAUAUUUUCGAGCGCGACAAUCGUCUGCCAAUGACACCGCAAUUGUUAAUUGAAUUGAUACGAAGGGCAGAAGAUUUUCCAGGCACAAAUUUAAAUCUUCAACAAUUUACAAGCAGCUUGUUGCAUCGUUUCAAGCAAGACGGAAUUCUUCCCUCAAAUACUGGUGUGAGCAUUAAUCAAAAUGACAUAUUACCGUUCAAUACAAAUGGUUUCAACUUCCCAAAACAUCGUGUGCUCUUGACCCGAUUGAUUCCGGGUAAUCAUGCCAUUUUCCCGACCGGUUCACUUACUUUACAAGAGCAGUGUGCAUUACAUUUCAUGCUUUCAACAUCGAUUGAGACUCAACGACGUGGGGAUGAGAAUGAAAGGUGCAACAGACUAGCACAAUAUCGUGCUUUAAGAGUUCCGAGAAGCACUGACGAAGUGGAAAUGAUGAAGAAGUCGGAAAUGGCGAAUGUUCGUAAGCAACUUCAUAAAAAGUUCGGAAGAUAUCAAAAUGAAGAUGAAGAACAAGAAGAGGUUGCUGAAGAACCAGCAGAAGAAGCUAAUGAAGAUGAAGAAGCUGACGAGAAUGAAGAAGAAACUUUAGAAAUUGGUGGACAAACUGACGGUCUUGUGGAUGUUGCUAGUAAUUUGCUGAGUGACUGUCCAGUGGAGAAUGGCGUGGUUCAUUCACCGUGGGGAUCAAUUGCUGCUGGUACAGUCAUUGCUGGUAUUGCUGCUGGUUUGGAACGUCAAACAGUCAACAUCAGGGAUUUAGUUGAUGAAAGUCAUUUGGGACAAUAUCGAAUGGCACGCCAACAAGCAAUUGCCAUUGAUAAUCGCUAUGCUGCAACAUUAUCAGGUGACAUUGCUGAAGCAGUUCUUCUACAAGCACCAGCUACAAUUCAAGUCGGAGCCUCGGGUGGUUGGAAUAACACUGCAGUUCCAAAUUGGUUCUUCGUAGGACAACGUGAACGAUUGCAAAUAACUGAUGCUGAAAUUCGUGGAGGAGUUGACGGUCUUUUAAUUGCCCACAACAUCAUAAAUUGGCGUGAUCGAGCUUCCAACUUACGUUUAAGUCAAGUUCUUGACAUGUACUACUCACAGCGUGGAAUCUUUGGCAUGGAAUCUCAACAGAAUGUUUUCCGUGCUUGUAAUCGUCGCGAUAUGUUAACAAACACCAUACCAUCAAUCACAGCCACAUUAGCACAACAAUCUUUUGCCUUCACAACUGUUUUGGAUAAUGAAAUGCAAAGUUCAGUUACACUUACACCAAAUUCAACUCAAAGAAUUUCUGCUCAGGCUUCAGAUACUUUAUGGAAUUACAUUCGUGACAUGCCUGAUGCAGCUUGUAUAACAACAGAACUUAUUCCAGGCGACGACACCGUUUGGCGAGUUGCGACUGACAUUUAUAUAUUUGUUGAUACAACAUGGAUGUUCAGAGAUAUUCAUUCAACGGUUGCUCAUCUUCUUAACAAUCUUGAUGUCAAUCGUUUUGGAUCAUCUUAUACAAUUAUGAACGCGAUGGAUGGAACAAUCAUUGUCAACUCAACAAACCGACUGGCAGACCUCUACACUCAAUGGAAUCAAGAGAUUCACACUAGUCAUCCGAUGGGCUUUAAUAUACGACGCGUUUUGGAAACAAUGCGAGAACAUUCGACUAUCUUGUUGGAUCAUGAACGUGCGACAUCACAGGUGGGUGGACGCUCACACAUCGCUCUUGUCAUGGUGCAAAGCGCAACAGUAAACGAUGCAGAAGCCAACGCUGCUGAACAAGACUUGUUGUUGUUCCGAGAUCAAUUCCCUGAUUUAAGAUUCUUUUACUGGGCAUCCGGCAAUCCAGACCGAUUUGCGCGAUUUGUCCGUCAACCACAACGUGAUACUUUUAGACUUAACAUCGAUUUGCAAGGUAUCGGCGGUGAAUCAAUUGUUACAAUGACCUCCCCUGUCAUUUUGCGCAUUAUAGAGGAACCGAGAAGGAUCAUUAAUCACAGGUGCGGAUCGAAUUGGCAAUCGGAAGGGCAAACUGGCAUGAGUCAAAUGAUAGAAUUUGUUGAACCACGUGGCGUUGCUUUCUACCGUUUGCAUCCAAAUUAUUUCUUCCAUAACGCUGCUGAUCGCAGAGUUCGUAUUCAAGGUGCAGGCUUUUCAACACUUACAGUUUGCACAUCAAGAACAGUUGAAAGACCAAGAGCUAACGCAACAAACGUUCAAGGCGAUCAAGUUCGAUGCCAAAGUGUCAACUCUGACACAAUGGAAUUCGGACUUUGGGAUGCUUGUUCGGGACAUUCGCUUAUUCAUCAUUGUCCUCCAUUAUUUAUAUCUGUAGAAGGAAUUCGCGUUCAUGACGGUCAAAAUCUUCGAUGUACAGAGGCACAGUGUCGAUUCCCUGACAGCGCACGUUUUAAUGUCAUUGUUGAUAACUUAGGAUGCUUUAGUGGAGUUGGAACGAUUGUAGCUUCGGUUAUGCUAGUUGUAGCUUCAAUUUUAGUCACAUUAAGAGCUUAAUUUUUUUUAUACAUAAUAAGAAAUUAUUUUCAUUCAGCAGCAGUUAAGUAAUAACAAUAAUUAAGUGCGAAAUUUUGGUUUGCGACAAUCGCAAUAAGAUUGAACUUGGGUUGGGACGACAGAACGAGCAAUUUAAUCAAAAUAAAUUGAAGAAAAUUUACAAUCUUUCUUUUUUAAACGCUACUUGUUUGUUGCACUCAAACUUUUUGCAUAUUUUCAUAUCAUCAAAAAGAAUAACUUGAACCUUAUCGUUCGCUCGUUCUUUCGUUUCGCCUCGUUUUUUUUUAUUUCUAUUCAACGUCCCCGGGCAACUACUUUGUAUUCAUCCAUAGGAAAAAAAGAGAAGAAAAUCAUUUUCCAUUUGAAAUCAUUGCAGAUAUUUUCGAACUACAAUUUAACAGAAUGAAAAAUUCUUUCCAUUAUUUUUAAUAACAAUUAUUUCGCCCUUCGCUUUUGCCGCCAUUCUUUCUAUUUUAUUUUUGUUCUUUAUUCGCCUGACUAUGUGCAUUCGCAUCAUAUCGCAUCGCUCAGUGAAUGUGAGUAAUUUUCAUUUUGAUAUGAAUUAUGAAAAUAUAAAUGUUGGAGUUGGGGGUGGAAUUCCAUUUAAUAAAAAAAAAUUAUAUAAAGAAGGAAAAAUGACAUGAAAAAUAUAUUUUUAUGCUACUUUCUCUCUCUUAUUUCAUUCAUCUAUGCCGACACAAUGGUCGAGAUGGAUGGAAUGAAACAAAGUGGGGACAACAAAAUGUUGGAGAGAGAGACAAGCAAUGGCAAUACUUAGCAAGAAAAGUAACAAAGCAGCUAGGGAUAGCAGACAUUUUUAAUGUAGUUAUUGAAAUGUAACGAAAGAAAUUGACUUCAAUAAAAUGAAAUUAAGUAUAACAAGACGUGGCGGCGUUCGCUCGUAAUAAUUUUAAUUUUGCAAAGCGAGCGUGUCUUCUCAUAGGUCCUUUGAUUAAAAAAUUAAUAAAAGAGAAAUGUAAACAUGCCUCGCUGCUCCCUUUUUAUAUUUUUUCAUUAAGCGUCAGUGACCGAAAUUAAGCGAGCCCAUUUAUGCUUAGCAGCUCUAAUGACCUUUAUUCGCCUCACCAUUUCCUCUCAUUCUCUUCCCGUUUGAACAUCCUGUAAUUUCAGGGGUUCCGGUGUCCUAGACAUUUUUGUACUUUCUUCCUUUCUCGCAUUUUAUUUUAUAUUUUUUAUUUUCUUUCUUUUUUUUCUCGUUGUUUGCCA